GAGGGUCAGGCAGUGCGACAAAUAAGGACACGGUUCCUGCACGAGCUUUCAUUCUCACUUUUAUUUGCAAGUGUGCUUUGGACCCAUAGCUGCCUAAAAUGCGCUAAUUAGCCCAACAGGAUUUUUGCUUGUGCUGUGUGUUUACGCUGGAAUAAUAAACUUUCUCAGCAAAUGUUUUCAAGGGGCCCUUUCUCAUGUGCCAGAGACGACAUGAAUCACUAUCUCAGAUGGACUGUUUUCCUGUGGAUCGUAAAUUCCAUUCCUUUUACUUCAGGAAUGGCAGUGAAUGAGAGAAUAGAUCAUACAUGUCCAUCCUUAAAGCUGGAGGAGAUAUGGCAUACCAGUGUGAACAUUCACAGAGAAUUCACAGGAUUCGAUUUAGCUGAGAAGUUCCUUCUGAGAAAAGGCAUGGUGACGGACGACAGGCUAUUGUUUAGACUGGGGAGCAAACCCCUGUUUAAACCAACAGAUUUGGAUGUGAUCGAUGAUGUGCAGAAUCUUCUCGCAUCUGGAGAGCAGAACGCAGGACAGUUCCUUGCAGAAUCAGUGGUGUGA